ACUCAUACUUACCUUGAUGGAACACACCCCUUCACGUCCCGGGGGUGUUGGCCGUGGGGGUCUCUCAUAGCACGGCGACCAUGUCCUCAGGGGGGCCCUUCGGUUUGUAUGGGCUUCGGCUCAUGCACCGUCUCAAUAUUUCCCUGUCCCGCUUCGGCCCUCGGGCUGGGCGGGCCUUAAUUUUUGUCUUUAACUCUUUCUAACCCUAACCCUAUG